CGCGUCUACCACCACCUCCUGGGCCACUGCGGCCCAAGCUUACCCUCUCAAGUCUCUAAUACCUAGCUUGUCUGAGCCGAUAUAUUUCCAGAGAAAUGGUUGCCCAGACGAGGACAGCCGGGCAGCCGUCACCCAAGAAACUCAAGUUUCACGACAAGCUUACCACCAAGAACUCCACGACCGAUGCCCUACAGAAGAAACUCAAGGCCCUCCACACAGAGCUUGCGGCGAUGGACCAAGAGACCGUCGACACUGGUUCUUUCUCAGGUGUGCGUAAGGAGCUCGUGAAUACCUCGAUACUCCUGCACAAGGACCGCGGCGUAAAGGCCUAUGCCGCUUGCUGCCUCGCCGAUCUGCUCAGACUCUACGCGCCCGACGCACCCUAUACCCGUGACGAACUUCGCGACAUCUUUUCUUUCUUCUUCAGGCAGCUCUCGACGGGUCUUAAAGGCCCCGACUCGCCGUACUACAACGAGUACUAUCACCUUCUCGAGUCGCUCUCGACUGUCAAGAGUGUCGUGCUCGUCUGUGACCUGCCUAAUGCCGAGGAUCUCAUGACCGAGAUCUUUCGUAGCUUCUUUGGAACCGUCCGCAUGAACUUGGCGAAGAAGAUUGAGCUUUUCAUGUCUGAUAUCCUCGUCGCCCUCAUCGACGAGUGUCAGAGUUUGCCUGCAGAGGUGCUGGAAGUUAUUAUGGCGCAGUUCAUGGACAAGAGUGCGCGCAUGGAGCAACCCGCCUACCGCCUCGCUGUGAAAGUCUGCACCGACACCGCAGACAAGCUGCAGCGGCACGUCUGCCAGUACUUCACCGACAUUAUUGUCGAGCAUUCACGUGAUGAAGAUUAUGAAGAGAUGCAGACCGCGCACAAUCUCAUUAAGCGAUUGAACAGCGCAUGCCAAGCGCUGUUGCACAACGUCGUUCCUCAGCUAGAAGAAGAACUCCGCGUGCAAGAGAAUCAGAUUCGCGUUAUGGCGACUCAGACACUUGGCGAGAUGUUUGCGGACAAGGGCGGUGGCGACCUCGUUCGGAAGUACCCGUCCACCUGGAGCGCGUGGCUUGCGCGCAAGAACGACCAAGCUGUCGUUAUCCGUCAGGCAUUUGUGGAGACUGCCAAGGGUGUGCUCGUGACCAUGACUCUGCCGGAACCAAGGCAACAAGUUGGAGACGCACUGCAAGGCAAGCUCCUCGACCCAGACGACAAAAUACGGUCAGCGGUUUGCCGGUUGUACUUCCAGCUGGACUACGAAACCGCCCUACAUCAUGUAUCAACGGAACAACUUAAGUCGGUUGCAUCUCGAGGCAUUGAUCGUAAACCGUCUGUCCAGGUGGAAGCCAUGAAGGCUAUCGCAAGACUGUAUACUUUAGCAUACCCUGAGAUUGAGAAUAACGACGCAGCCGCUAUCGAGCAUUUCUCGUGGAUACCCCAGUCCAUCUUGCACAUGGCAAAGACGUCUCUCGAAAUUAAGGCGCUAGCAGAACAAGUCAUCGCUGAUUAUAUCCUUCCUCUUCCUGCUGCGUCCUCUUCAACAGGCAAGACAUCUGAAAUCGACGAAGUUGCUUGGACGGAUAGGCUGCUGACAACAAUGAAAUAUCUGGAUCCAAUAGCGGUCAAUACGCUACUUAGUUUGUCCGGACUGAAAAUGCCGCGACCCACAGCAUAUGAGCAUUACAUUGAGUCUUGUAUAGCUAAUAACGGUGGCAUCAUCGAUGAGGGCGAAGACAAGAUCAUUGCUCAACUCGACCAGGACAUCAAACGCGUCGCGGCUAUGCUCCCUGAUCCACAGAAAGCGAUCGAAGACUUGCAAGCGUUUGCAACGCUGAACGAAGGUCGACUUUACAAGCUGUCCAAAACCUGUAUGGAUGUGCAGACAGACAUCAAAACACUUGUGAAAUCCCAGGCUGAGUUCACCAAACGCCUCGACCAGUCCUCUUCCAGUUUGGUGCAGACAAUGACGACUUUACUCCGGCGUGCGAGCUUACACCUCGUAAAUCAAUCCUCGGUACCGGUUCUUCUUCAGCGUAUCGCACGCGGGACAGAUACCGAUGGGACCCUCACUGACACCGCUCAAAGUGCACGGACGUGGCUGGUCUUCGUUGCCAAGCAUCAGCCCGCGUUAUUCAAGCACCACGUCGGCGAGCUCGUCAAGGCGAGCGCGGACGAGCGCAAGCCGGUACUUAUCGAGACGGCGCUCCAUGCACUAUCCGCAGUAUCGAAAUGGGACGCGAAGGCAGCGCCAAGCGAUAAGCGGACGCUCGAGCGGCUACAGCAUUUCGUCAUGGACGCGAAUCACCAGCAUGCCAAGUUUGCGGCGCGAAUACUAACAUGCGUGCCCGGCAAGGAUGAAAUAUGUUCUGCCAUCCUCGAUCAAAUUGCCGAGGGACUGUCGGAAGCGGACCCUGAGUUACUCGCCGCACACGUGGUAGUACUGGCGCAGCUUGCAACUCGCGUGCCUGAUGCAUUCGAAGAGCGCAGCGAAGUGAUCACGUCGUACCUUCUGAAGCAUGUUAUCAUGGUCCCCAUGUCUGCCGAUCAGGAUGUGAUGUACACAGAUGAAGAGUGGGUUGAAGACGCGUACGUCUGGCCGGAGCUACGCGCACGGGUCGCUGCGCUCAAAGUGUUUCGUAACCGCCUGCUUGCACGUGCCGAGAGUCAGGAAGCGAAGGAGCUCGCGAAACCCGCUCUGAAGAUGUUCCUCACCAUCCUCGAAAAUCAGGGAUCUGUCAGGCUUGGACUAGAUGACGACCCGCGAGCGAAGUCUCGGGUGCGCCUGCAGGCCGCAAUCAGCCUGCUGCGUAUGGCCACCGUCAAGGACUUUGCGGAGUCUAUUGCGCCAAACUUCGUGGUACUCGCCUUGGUAGUUCAGGACGCGUGCUACCAGGUGCGCAUCACGUUCGUCAACAAGCUUGUUGGUCUCCUCACAGCAAUGCGCCUGCCGCCGACCUACAACGUCGUGCCAUUCUUGAGUGUGCAUGACCCAGAGAAAGAUGUCGUAGACAUGUGCCAGGCAUAUGUUCAGCAUGCAGUGAGAAUGAUGCCAAAGCAGCUGCGGUUGCAAUAUUUUGAGAUGAUGUUCGUCCGGCUUUUGCAUUCGUUGGCGCACCACCCAGAUUACGCCCUUAACGAAGAGGCAGUUCAGGAUAUCGCAAAAUACAUCGAACUAUACCUCGAUAUGAUCUGCACUUCAGAAAAUCUGUCGCUCCUCUAUCACCUCACUUCGCGGCUAAAAAUGGUCCGUGAUUCCGAAGGACACACCUUUAGCGAACAUUUGUACGCGCUCAGCGAGCUUGCCCAACGGCUUCUACGAGUGCGCGCAAAGCAACACAAUUGGCCACUCGACACUUUCCCUGGCAAGAUAUCUCUCCCUGGAGGGAUCUUUGCGAAGCUGCCCAGUCCAGAGGCAUGCCGCGAGAUCGUGCAGACGACGUAUCUACCCGAGAAUCUCCUCGGAUGGUUGGCGCAGCGUGAGAAUCGACAUGCGACUGCUGCAAAGGAGAAGCCGAAGGCGCAGCGUAAGGCACCCGUCAAGCGGAAAGCAGCCGAGCCGAAGGCAAAUGGGCAUGCCAAGAAACCGCGUACAAAAGCCAGGAAGCGGAAAGCGGAAAGUGAGGAAGAGGAAGAUUCUGAGUCUGAAGAGGAGGACGAGGACGAAGAUGAGGAUGAGGAGGAACCUCCGCGGAGCUCAGUUCAGCCAUCCGAACCUGAUGUGGAGGAGGAAGCAAAGGAGGAAAGGCUCGGACGAGGUGCUCGCACCCGUGCCAAGGCGAAAAUAAAGCAACAGAUUAGGAGGCCCACAAAGCCGAGAGCGCGAGCGGGCUCCGACGAUUGAGAUAUCGCUGAAUUUGUGCCUCUCAGCUGGCAAUGUUCUCUGGUCAUCUUAUUAGUCCCAUAUUUACUUCAUCUCCACCGGUGUGUCACUGUGCUGUCAUCAUCUUCUGUGUAAUUGCUGUCCAUAGCUGCGUUGCCAACAUUUGCACGUUCAGGAAUGUUUUAUUCUUCAGUAACUUCUGCACUGUGUGAAGCCCUCUGAUAUACCGCUUCACUAAUCGAGACUUAUACGACGCACUGCUCUCGUGUACUGUAGAAUAUGCGAUGUCAGGACCACGUACUUCGUAUCUGGAGCCACCACCCGAACUGCGCGAGUACAAUAAUCUGUGUCUUCCCUCUCGCCGUCUCUGUUCCC